CACGCCUGGCCGGAACGGUACGUGAAUUAGGGAUUCCAGCAAAAAUAAGCCUCCCACUAGCCGAACUAGUUCCAUACGACACAAUGCAAAAAGACGUCGGGUCGGCAGACCUUUGUCCCUUAUCUCCUAGUGAGAUUGCACGCCCGGAAAAGCGUAAGCAGAUUUUACGUCCUUCCGAUGAUGAGGAAUACGAGAGUGGAGAAGCGAGUGAGUCCGACCAACAUCGACAACAGAUUUCUCGGCGCAAGACGAACCCAGCGAAGCGCGCAAAACAUGACGUACAUAGUAACGCCAACGGCGGAAGUAGAACUGCUGCACCAGAGCUAGGCGAACCAGCUGAGUUUUCAUGAAUCAUGAAAACCAUCUGGAAGAACGAGGAAAGAUAUAUUAAGGAGAUGAUGGAUUCGUCGGCUGAGUGGAUGAAUCAAAACAAGCCUCCUGUGACGUAUCGUAGCUUCAUGGGGCUCGUUGCGCAAGCUUUGAAGGAUAAAAAGGAUAUGAACCUUUCAGCAGAGUGGCCUCAAUCACUGAGAAAGGAGUGGGCGGAAGACCCACUCAGACCUCUCCUUAUAGGACAACACACUCCAAACCAUGUAAGGGUGGAUGGCAAGGAGCCGUCAAAGAAUCCACGACGAAGCGAGAGAGAAGCUUUCCACUCCCUCUAUCACGUAUUUCCCCGGAUGUACGGUUGCCUAUACGAGGAUUUCAUGGGCCCCAAAUACCAACUCGCAUACGACAAUAUCGAGAAUAGACGAAUCAACCUAGACGACGGCUCGAGGGUUCCCGACCCUUUUCCCGCAAGAAAUUUUUCGGAUAACCUCAAGUGCCUGGUUAACCAGAACAUGUGGAUGGGAAAUCUCGGGAUACUCGCGAUAUGCAUCCAAUACGUUAACAUAUUGCGCACCAGAGACACCCGGACAUGGAAAGUAAUCAACUACGAUGACGAAAGCCGCUUCUUUGAGACAUGGCAGACUGUGGUCUCCCAAAACAUCGGAGGCCAUAAGAGUAUUGAUGAUCUAUUCUCUUUGGUGAAGCAUCAGUUCUCUGGCCAAGGCUUUUAUUGCAAAUAAUUCGACCAGAUCGGAGACUCAUUCAGAGCUAGGGCGCAAUCAAACAUGACUCGCCUAUCAAAGCGCCAGAAGGACGAUGAUCCCUAUUUUAUCCGAACUAUCGACCUCACAAUCCUCAUACAUGCGAUAUCGCAUGUAGGACACUGGGGCUUUCCGUUCUUUCGUAGCGCCAAGCUCACCGCUGCUGCUUUCCAGUACACGAAGCAAACACCAGAUUACCCGAGUAUGAAGCAGCUUUCUAGCGCUCGAGAUGUAGUCCUACUUUCACGCAAGGCGCUCGAGAAGAAGGCUGAGAUGGUAGACGAUCCUGACGACACCAUAUCGGAGGAUUCAGAUAUAGAGCUAACUAGCCGCACUAAAACUUCAGCACAUGAAGACAUGGCAGGUUCUUCCGAAUCUGAUCCCUACGAUGUAAUUUCAGUAUACCCUAUGUAGGAAGUCAGAGGUCAUCGGGGAAAGUAUGAACGAAGAAAGUCAGUAACAACUGCUAUAGCUAGCUGGGCAAAGGGUUAGGAGAAAGGCACAGCAAGGGUCGCCGGUUAUAGUCUAUGGAGCUUCACUUUGAUGCCGCAAGCUACCUACCUAGAUAGCUAAUUACGAAUAUAUACCCC